AUGAAGCACUCUGCUCUACUUGUCUUCAUUCUCAACUCCUAUUUUGUCUUCUCUCAAAUUCCCCAUGAAAUAACCUAUUUUGUGGGCUGCUUUGUGAAUGGCACCAUUGGCAUACAGUCUGAGUUUGAUGGUGAAGAAAUUUUAUACAUUGAUAUCCAAAAGAAGGAGAUUGUGUUCACUGUGCCACCCUUUAUCGAUACUGAUCCGCAACAGAUUUUGGGUGGAUUGAAUAUCCUUAAAGAUGUUGUAAAUAACCAAAAAAUGUGUCAAAUCUUAGCAGAAUCUGUUAUUACUGAAAUGAAGCCCGUGUCUGAAGAAAAAGACCCUCCAGACAGCAUGAUCUUCCCCUCUAGAGAGGUAGAACCUGGUGUAGAAAACAGCCUCAUCUGCUUUGUGAAUAAUUUCUAUCCACCCUCCAUCAAAGUCAGCUGGACUAAAAAUGGCGUCCCAGUUAGGAGGGGAGUGUCUGUCGGUGACUACUCUCCUAAUAACGAUCAAACCUUCCGCCAGUUCUCAACUUUGACCUUCACACCGAGUGAGGGGGACAUUUACUCCUGCACUGUGGAGCAUCCUGCCCUGGAGACGCCGAAGACAAGAAUCUGGGAAGUUGAAUUUUACAACACAGAUCCAAGUCUUGGUCCAGACAUUUACUGUGGAGUGGGUUUGGGUCUGGGAGUGAUUGGGAUCACUGUGGGAGUGUUUUUUAUUGUCAAGGGACAACAAGCGAACUGAUUUAUCUGAUGUUAAACAUGAUUAAUAUGGACGGUGGAGUAAAAAAAAAAUAUUUGCAUCAAAAUAUUUUGCACUCUACAUUUUGUCACCUUUAAACUAUGUUUUUCUUGAACCCAUUGUAUUUUUCUAUGGUAAAGACUGCAUGUUUGUUGUGCUCUGGGAAACA